CCGCCGCACCACUUCCGGUGGGCGCUGCGAAGCCCUGCGCUGCCGGGGGCCGCUGGCGAGGAUGGCGGCGGAGAGCGAGGCCAGCCAGGAGAGCGCCCUGGGCGCCUACUCGCCGGUGGACUACAUGAGCAUCACCAGCUUCCCGCGGCUGCCGGAGGAUGAGCCGGCGCCUGCCGCCCCGCUGCGGGGCCGCAAGGACGAGGACGCCUUCCUGGGAGACCCUGAGACCGACCCGGACUCGUUCCUCAAGUCCGCGCGGCUGCAGCGGCUGCCCUCGUCCUCGUCCGAGAUGGGCAGCCAGGAUGGGUCUCCGCUGCGGGAGACACGCAAGGACCCCUUCUCGGCCGCCGCCUCCGAAUGCUCCUGCCGCCAGGACGGACUCACGGUCAUCGUAACAGCCUGCCUCACCUUUGCCACGGGGGUCACAGUGGCGCUAAUCAUGCAGAUCUACUUCGGGGACCCCCAGAUCUUCCACCAGGGCGCCGUGGUGACCGACGCAGCCCGGUGCACAUCACUGGGCAUCGAGGUGCUCAGUAAGCAGGGGUCUUCUGUGGAUGCAGCGGUGGCAGCGGCCCUGUGCUUGGGCAUUGUGGCCCCACACAGUUCUGGCCUGGGAGGUGGGGGUGUGAUGCUGGUACAUGACAUCCGAAGAAACGAAAGCCAUCUCAUUGAUUUCCGAGAGUCUGCACCAGGGGCCCUCAGGGAAGAGGCCCUACAGAGAUCCUGGGAGACCAAGCCUGGGCUCUUGGUGGGGGUGCCUGGAAUGGUGAAGGGCCUACAUGAAGCUCACCAGCUCUAUGGCAGGCUGCCAUGGUCCCAAGUCCUGGCCUUCGCAGCAGCUGUGGCCCAAGAUGGCUUCAACGUGACCCAUGAUCUAGCCCAAGCUCUGGCAGAACAGCCACCACCCAAUGUGUCUGAGCGUUUCCGUGAGACGUUCCUGCUUUCCGGCCACCCGCCGCUACCUGGUUCAAUGCUGCGUCGGCCAGACCUGGCUGCAGUGCUGGAUAUUCUGGGCAAUGCUGGCCCUGCUGCCUUCUACGCUGGAAGCAACCUCACACUGGAAAUGGUGGCUGAGGCUCAGCAUGCAGGGGGUGUCAUAACUGAGGAGGACUUCAGCAACUACAGCGCCCUCGUGGAGAAGCCUGUGUGUGGCGUGUACAGAGGCCACCUGGUCCUCAGUCCCCCACCCCCGCACACUGGCCCUGCACUCAUCAGUGCUCUCAACAUCCUCGAGGGCUUCAAUCUCACCAGCCUGGUUUCUCGGGAACAGGCUCUUCACUGGGUGGCAGAGACACUAAAGAUCGCAUUAGCCCUGGCCAGCAGACUGGGAGAUCCUGUCUAUGAUUCUACCAUCACUGAGAGUAUGGAUGACAUGCUCAGCAAAGUGGAGGCCGCCUACCUCCGGGGCCACAUCAAUGACUCCCAGGCAGCCCCUGCCCCACUCCUGCCUGUGUAUGAGCUUGACGGGGCUCCCACGGCUGCCCAAGUGCUGAUCAUGGGUCCUGAUGACUUCAUCGUAGCCAUGGUCAGCUCUCUGAACCGGCCCUUUGGCAGCGGCCUGAUCACCCCCUCGGGGAUCCUGCUCAAUAGCCAGAUGCUAGACUUCUCCUGGCCCAAUAGGACUGCUAACCACUCCGCAGCCAACCUGGAGAACUCAGUGCAGCCAGGAAAACGGCCACUGUCAUUCCUGCUACCCACUGUGGUCCGACCUGCAGAGGGGCUCUGUGGGACCUAUCUCGCCCUGGGGGCCAAUGGAGCUGCCCGGGGCCUUAGUGGUCUAACCCAGGUUCUGCUGAACGUCCUGACCUUGAAUUGGAACCUGAGCGACAGCCUGGCCCAUGGCCGCCUGCACCCAGACCUGCAGUCCAACCUCCUGCAGGUGGACAGUGAGUUCACAGAGGAAGAGAUUGAGUUCCUGGAAGCCAGGGGUCAUCACGUGGAGAAAGUAGAUGUCUUAUCCUGGGUCCACGGCAGCCGGAGAACCAACAACUUCAUCAUUGGUGUGAAAGACCCUCGGAGCCCCGACGCAUCUGGAGCCACCAUCCUGUAGAGCAGCAUGGUGGGGUGGGGGGUCUCUGCUCCCCCCUUUGCAUGUUCCUAGAGUUCCUCCUUCUCUUUGGUUUGGCCUCAGGGGGGGCCCAGGGGAACCCCACAACAGGGGCCAGAGGGGAUGCUUAGCAAACCCUAUCCCAGAGUAACCUCCCUCCUGAGGCCUGCGGUGAUAGUGGUGAUGGUGUGUAUUGAAUCCACAACCAGACAGCAGGACCCUGAGGAGUCAGACUCACUGUCUUGUCUGUCUCCUCUCAGUCAUGCUGGCCCUAAGCUUAGGGAUGUGCUUGCAAACCCUUUUUCAGGAUCCUCACAAAGCCAACAUCUCCAGUCUGGCCUCACCUGGGCCUUGUCUUCCAGCUCCCUUCUCUCUCCAGCCUCAUUUCUUAAAUGACUAGGAUUUUUUUUUUCCGGGAAUCCUGUGGAGGGAUGCUGUUCUCCUCCCAUCAGACUGAGGCAGGGUCCUUGCAUCUGAGGCUCCCCAGAGUGUGGGGUGGGGUGGGGUGGGGACCAGCUCAGGGGCUUUCCAUUUGCAAAGGGGAAUUAAAGAAAGACUAUUGCUUAA